AUGGCUGGGGAAUCGAAAGCACAGCUGGCGCCAUGGGAGAGUGCCAUUGCCGGCGCUGCGGGAGCCGUUUUAGCCAAUGCGAUGGUAUAUCCUCUUGACAUUGUCAAGACUCGCCUUCAAGUUCAAGUAAAAUCUCAAAAGCUAACAAACGGAAAUCCUCCCCAUGACGACCACCACCACCAUCACUUCUAUGACUCUACCGUAGAUGCGAUCAAAAAAAUCAUCGCCCACGAGGGUGUGGAAGGGUUGUAUUCUGGAAUUCAUGGCUCCUUGGUCGGAGUGGCAUCGACGAACUUUGCCUAUUUCUACUGGUACUCCAUCGUUCGAACGCUUUACAUGAAAUCAAAUCUUCCUCAUCCUCCAAACACUGCCAUUGAGCUCUCACUUGGCGCUAUUGCCGGUGCUAUCGCACAGGUUUUCACAAUACCAGUGUCUGUAGUCACCACUCGCCAACAAACACAGAAGAAAGGAGAGAAAAAAGGGUUCUUUGAAACUGGCAAGGAAGUGGUGCACAGUGAGGAUGGUUGGAGUGGGUUAUGGAGGGGACUGAAGGCCAGUCUAGUUCUUGUCGUUAAUCCGGCAAUUACCUACGGUGCUUAUCAAAGGCUACGAGAUGUUAUAUUUCCUGGGAAAAGUAACUUGAGACCAUGGGAAGCUUUUGUGUUGGGUGCUAUGUCCAAAACUCUUGCUACGCUCGCUACGCAGCCGUUGAUUGUUGCAAAAGUCGGCCUACAGUCCCGCCCACCGCCAUCAAGAGAGGGGAAACCUUUCAAAAGUUUUAUUGAGGUGAUGAAAUAUAUAGUUGAGCAUGAAGGCCCCUUCGCAUUGUUCAAGGGCAUUGGGCCCCAGAUCCUCAAGGGCCUCCUAGUCCAAGGUCUCUUAAUGAUGACCAAAGAAAGACUUGAAAUACUUUUCCUUAUGUUUUUCGCCUACCUCCGCAAGGUAAAGAAGGACAAACUAAAAAAUUUGGCAAAUGCUGCUGCCGACAGCGCAAAGAGCACAUUGCCUCUCACGACGAAAUAG